UGUGGGUUUGAUCAGUCACCUCAGUUGGACUUGCACCGCCAUCAAGAUGCACGCACUCUGGACCAUAUCUGCCCUUCACAUGUUCUCCUGGUUUGCAGAGGCGACAGGUAGCGGCAUUGUGGGCGGAAAGGUUGCAAAGCCUCAUUCCAAACCCUACAUGGCAUCUCUGCAGGUCCGAGGACAGCACACGUGUGGCGGGAUACUAAUACGUGAGGACUUUGUUCUGACUGCAGCCCAUUGCAAACUCGAUCAGACCAUGACUGUUGUACUGGGAGCACAUGACAUCACCAAGAAGGAGAAAAGCCAGCAACACAUCCAAGUGGCCGAGUACCAUCCUCAUCCCAAUUUCCGCGGAAAGUACAACUAUGACAUUAUGCUACUGAAGUUGAAACCUAAGGCCACACUCAACAGGUACGUGAAGCCGAUGGGACUACCCAAGAAGGCAGGGAAGACCCCUGCCAACAUCAGAUGCACGGUUGCCGGCUGGGGCCAGACCUCAAAGAAGUCAAAGAUGUCCCCUGUACUAAAGGAGACCACCGAGAAGAUCCAGUUCAGCUUUGAGUGCAAAUACAUCUGGCAAUACCACUUUGAGAGUGAUCUCAUGACAUGCACCAAGCCCGACAAGUGGGGAGGGGUUUGCCAGGGAGACUCUGGGGGUCCGUUAAUCUGCAACACCAGGCCUGUAGGAAUAACGGUUUUCACCUACAAAAAUGACUGCAGUGAUCGCAGGUAUCCACAUGUCUUCAUGAAAAUCCACCCCUUCCUGCCCUGGAUUAAGAAAGUGAUGGAGGGGAAUGUUGUGGUUUGAG